AUGGACAUUAGUAACAGUGACCCAGAUCUCACUGUUGAUCCAAGGGCAGCCGCAUUCUCCAUUAUGUUUGUGAGCGUGGGUUUUUCCUGCUUUAUAUGGCAAUCACUACGAUCUGGAUGGAUGUUUUACAAGAUUCGCAAGCCGAUCCAUGGCAUUGUAUUUGCACAAGCCGUGCUAGGUGUCAUCCUGACCUUUUGCACAUUAUUGACAUCGCUUGUGUAUGUCGACUGCCACUUUAUAUUGAUUUUUUCGAUCGUUGGUGUGAAUCUGGGCGACAUUGCAUUACAAUCCGUGCUUCUUUGGAAAGCGUAUCUGGGGAACAACCGAUCUAAGAUUAUCCUGAUGAUUGGAUGCAUACCACUUAUUGGCCUUGUUGUGUUUAUUAUCUGCAAUGUCACAGUUGCGCAAUCCAUAAUGAAAUAUCGAGGAAACGUCUGUACAACUAGUUACCCAAUCUACAUUGUCAUUGCCAAAGCGGCGCUAGAUUUUACAUCCAAUACGUUUCUUUCAUGGUGCUUUAUACUUGUUAUUUACCGUCAUUAUCAAGUCCUUGUUCUCGGCGGAAGCUCUCCGAUAUUGUACACGAUUGAUUGGUAUCUGGCUUCCUAUCUGAUUAUCAAGCAACUCAAAUACGGCCGUAAUGGCUUGAAUGAAGAAGAUGGCGAGGACAAUGACGACGACGACGACGACGACGAUAGCCGUAUGGAAGAUGAUGAUGGUGACACGCACAGCCGUGGUCAGAUCAGUCGUCAUCGUCACACGAUGUCAUGCUCCACGGCUGCGGAAGACCUGAAUCAGCUCCAUUCGCGGCCGCUUUCGUUCCUGCUGAAGAAUGAAAUUGAUGUAGAACAUCAUCAGGCGCAUCCAGACGGGAAGAAAGAAAGUGACAGAAAUCAAGGAUAAGCAGAUGAUGCUGUGUGACAAAGAAGGGGUGUUUGGGAUUUGCUGGAAAAGUUAUAUAAAAAAAGAAAGUUGAAGUUUGAAGGGACGAAAAGUAAAAGAAGCCAGAGAGACAGAGA